AUGACACUUCCCAAAACUCAAGUUGGAUUCUGUUACGAUAAUGAAUCCCGUAAGCUUGUCAAGGUAACUGACCUUCCAGUGAAACAACCCACUCGAGGUGAAGUUCUUGUGAAGAUUGAAGGUGCGGGACUUUGUAAUUCGGACUUACAUGUUCUUAGUCCUCGAGGUGGACCCAUUGAUUUGGAUGGUUCUAAUGAUAAGCAACGAUUUGUGAUGGGCCAUGAGAUUGCUGGACGAAUUGUGUCUGUUGGUGAGGGGACUGAGACCACGUUCAAAGAAGGGGAUCGAGUUGCAUUUUUCAUUACUCAUGCCUGUGGUCAAUGUCUUGAUUGUCGCCUGGGCCGUGACAAUACAUGCGGAGCAAAAGCAUAUGGUUUAAAUCAAGAUGGUGGGUUUCAAGAGUAUAUUUUAGUGGAUAAGUUACGGACUUUACUUCCUAUUCCAGAUAAUGUAUCUUAUGAGCAAGCGUGUUCUGCUUGUGAUGCCAUCCUUACCCCAUUCCAUGCCAUUCAAAAGGCCAAAGAUGUAUUAACCAAUCCUGCCACAAAGGUACUAGUCGUUGGUGUUGGGGGGUUAGGGAUGAAUGCGGUUCAGAUUUUGCGUAACUAUCCAGUAGAUAUCACUGCUGUUGAUUUGAAACCGGAACUCAAAGAAAGUGCUCUCAAGUUUGGUGCCAACAGGUUUGGCACUAGUCUUGAUCAAAUAACUGAUGAAGAUGAAGAGUUUGAACCAAUGUUCAAUUUAGUCUUUGAUUUCAUUGGUAGUCAAGGUCUGUAUGAUAGUUACUAUAUGCAGUUGCAAAGAAGAGCUAAAAUCAUGAUGGUUGGUUUGGCCAAACCCACGUUUCAAAUCCAUAACUUUUUGAAUGCUAUGCGUGAGAUUGAAAUUGUGUUUUCCUUUGGAGGUAACUCUCAAGAGCAACUCCAAGUCUUGGAAUGGAUUAGCUUGGGUAGAUUGAAGCCUAUCACCAGUAACGCACCUUUGGACGAAGUCCCCAAGUAUUUACAGCUCUUGAAGGAAGGGAAAGUUGUUGGUAGAGUUGUUUUCCAACCCAAAUUGUAG